AUGAAAGCAAUAGAUUUCACCGAAAAGGAAAAGUUAGUAAAAAAAUAUUUUUAUUUAAAAAUAAAAAAUUUUAAAAUUAAAACUUUUUUUUCUUUUCUUUCUCUUUUCUUUCUUCACGCCUCACGCCUCCUUCUUCUUCUCUCUCUAACCCCAGCCGACUCCCCAUCAUCAUCAUCUUCUUCUUCAAAACCAGUCACUGAGAUCAACCUCCUCCUCCCUCGUCUCUGCCUCUCGAACCAACUCAACACUGCGACCCACCUCGCCAUCACCACCCUCCUUACAAAUCCACCUCUCGAUGCCAUCUCUCUUUCUGCCCUCCUCGACUCCCUUGCCUCCCAGUCGGACAUCACCAUGCCCAUGUCCCUCCUCACCCGUCGUAGACGCAGCCCAAUGUCCCAACACCAUGUGGCGCCCAUCAACAACACGCUCGUCGCUGCCUACUUCAGAAAGGGCAAGCCCAAAGAGGCCAUCAAGGUUUUUAAUUGGAUGGUGAGGUCGGGUUCCCCAUUCAAGCUUGUGGAAAAGUUUUGUGGGAUUUUGGUUGAUGGGUUUUGCAGGAGUGGGAUGGUUCUUAAGGCUUUGAAGGUCUUGAGAGCCAUGGUGGCUGCUGAUAUUUGUCCGCAUGGCGAGUUGAGGAAGGUUGUCUAUAGAGGUUUGCUGAGGGAAGCGAAGAUUAGGGAAAGAUGGGGUUUGAUGGGGCUGAUUUUGGGGGCUAGGGUUUUAAAGAUAAAGAAGAUGAUGAUGGGGAGUUGGCUGGGGUUAGAGAGAGAAGAAAGAAGCGUGAAUAAAGAAAAGAGAAAAAAAAAGAAAAAAAAAUUUAAUUUUAAAUUUUUUUAUUUUUAAAUAGAAAUAUUUUUU